AUGAAGAGAGGAUUCUAUUCCAACAAACGCCGUCCCGGAUCGUCGAACAGCAACGGAAGGCCGCACGGACGAAAUGACCGUUCGCGUCAAAGAUCCGGCGGUCGCGUGUCGUACAUUUCGGAGAAGGACAUUUACUGUACCGAGUACAUGUCCAGCUUGGAAGGGUUCCAGGGUGUCCUGAAAUCGAGGUUUUCCGACUUUCACGUGAACGAAAUCGAUCCCACCGGUGUACCGGCGAUCCUGACGAACACUUCCCUACCAAAACCGCCUACAGAAGCAGCCACGAGUACCGAUGACAAAGGGGAAGCGAUCGACCCGGACGAGGAAUUGGUGCGGUUGAUAAAAGCGGAGAACUUGACUAGGAUUCAGGCCAUGGUCGGUGGGGAGAAGGCGACAUCCGAAGAUCCCUUCGUUGAGGUUGAUGUGACCGAGCUGUCGAAGCAAGAUCGCACCACGAUCCACAACCGCGUGAAGGAGCUGUUCGGCAAGGCUGUCGUGGGUUCGACGGUAAACCACGACGAUCGCAAGUGGAUUCGUUUCGUACCGUACAGCAAAGGGUCGGUAGCGGAUCGGCGCGAAAAGUGGCUCUGGCCCCACCCGUACACGUACUUUAUGCUGUACAAGGAAAACCUCGACACAAUACAAGCCACGUUGCAGCUCUCCCAGAAGCUCCACUGUCCACCAUCGGCACUAACGUACGCCGGAACGAAGGACCGGCGAGGUAAAACCACCCAGUGGGUUUGCAUUAAGAAGCGUGAACCGGCAAAGAUUGCUGGGGCCGCACGCGGCAUUCCGAACCUUAGCGUGGGUAACUACACGAACAAACCAGAUACACUGAAGCUGGGCCAGUUGCGGGGAAACGUAUUCCGCAUUGCCCUGCGCCAGGUAACGGCCGACGAUGAGACGAUCAACGCUUGCAUGGAGCACUUGCGGGAACACGGAUUCAUCAACUACUACGGACUGCAGCGUUUUGGGAACUGCGCGUCCGUGCCAACGUACCGCGUUGGGAUCGAACUUCUCAAGGGGUGCUGGAAGGAAGCCUGCGAGUUAAUUAUGAAACCCCGUGAGGACGAGCCGCACUUUAUGGCCGAGAUGCGCACGAUUUGGGCGCAAACGCACGAUGCGGCCGAAGCACUGAAGAAGAUACGCCCGGGAAACAAGUCCGUCGAGGCGCAGUUGAUGUACUGGCUGGCAAACCACGGACCAAGGGACUACCUCGGCGCGAUCGAGUUCCUGCCCCGUAACGUGCAGUUGCUGUAUAUGCACGCGUAUCAAAGCCUAAUCUGGAAUCGGGUAGCUUCGCGGCGGAUACGAGAAUUUGGUUUAAAGCCGCGCGAAGGCGAUCUGGUUUACGUGGAGAACUGCAACGAAACAAUGGCACAGGCGGAUGACACGGCGAUGGAGGGAGAUGCAGAGGAUUUGGACAACGUUCAAGCGUUUGAGGAGUUUCCGGAAGAGUCGGAGCAAGGAGCGGAACCAAACCAGGACCAAGUCGGGUCUGUGCCACAGUCAUCGUACAAGAAUCUCGUCCGCCCUCUGACCGCAGAAGAUGUGGCCGCGGAUCGUUACACCAUGUUCGACGUUGUACUACCGCUGCCCGGGCACGACAUAACCUAUCCGGCGAACGAGUGCGCCGAGUGGUACGAGGAAGCGCUGAGCGAGGAGUCACUAUCGUCCGAGAAGCUAAAGCGCAAAGUGAAGAAACACUCUCUGACCGGUGCAUAUCGGAAAGUAUUCGUGCGCCCGGAGUGUUUCAAUUGGCGCAUCGUACGUUACUUGAGUCCGACCGAUACUCUCAUCCUCUCGGAUGUGGAAAAAAUGAAUAACGUCUCCGAACCCCCGUUCGAGGAGUGGGCAGCUAACAAACAAUCGCAGAAGGCUGUGAUUAUGGAUUUUCGGCUACCGACGUCAACUUACGCCACGAUGGCGCUGCGGGAAAUUCUUAAGACCGACACAUCCGCCGUCAACCAACGAACGCUGGAGAAAAAUCAAGGCAAAUUGGCUGCCGACGAAACCACCUGCGAAAAUGGGUCAAUCGAGACCGUGGAAAAGGUUUCAGAGGAACCUGCGUGUAAAAUGGCUAAAUCAACGACCGAAUAA